AUGUCGCCUUCAAGGGGUAAUACAAUUGAUGAACCUACAUCCCCAUCUACUUCGCCCCAAUCCCAGUCCCUCACUGCAACAGAACGAACCGCUCAACUCCGCAGUUCCAGCGCUCUCAACUCUAUCACCCAAAACAUUCAAUACCUUAUCUCUCCCGGUUCCCCUACCUCCCCAAAGCCCGUUCGAUUUCGUACCCGUGCUCUUCUUCGGGCUCUUCACUCCAUAACUGUCUUUAUAUUCUGGCGUGUUAUCCGGUAUGCCAAGUACGCAGUUGUGGGUUCUAUCGUCGCAGCGCUAUCUGCUACUACCAUAGGAAGUUUUGCGACAGGGAUUGGAUGGGUUGUUGCGCCUACGGGAGUCAUAGGAGUUUUGGGAAUGAGUAGUUUGUGGUGGGUAGGGAAAUGGGGAUUUAGUAAGACGAAGAUGGGGAAGAGGUGGGAGAGGAGAGUUGAGGAGGAGGCGGAUAGGCUUGAAAGAGAGGAUAGGGAGACGAGGAAGGAACAAGUGAAGACGGAUGGGCAGUGGCGGGAUGUUACGGGACCAAAGGCUGUGCCGUGGUAG